AUGGCGUCCCACGUCGUUGGAUAUCCUCGCAUCGGCCCCAACAGGGAGCUGAAGUUUUCCCUGGAAUCGUUCUGGCAUGGAAAGAGCACCACCAAGUAUUUGCUGGAAGUUGGGGAUCAUCUCAGCUCAUCCAUCUGGAAGCAGAUGGCUGCCGUCGGCAUCAAGUACAUUCCUAGCAACACCUUCUCAUACUGUGAUCAGGUGCUUGACACCACCGCGAUGCUCGGUGCUGUUCCUCCCAGAUAUGGUUGGAGCAGUGGCGAGAUCGGGUUUGACGUUUACUUCUCGAUGGCCAGAGGAACCGCCUCUGUCUCUGCUAUGGAGAUGAUCAAAUGGUUCGACACCAACUACCACUACAUCGUCCCUGAAUUGGGCCCGGAUGUCAACUUCUCUUACGCUUCUCGCAAGGCCGUCGAGGAGUACGAGGAGGGCAAGAAGCUUGGAGUAGACACUGUUCCGGUCCUUCUUGGCCCGGUCUCCUAUCUGCUGCUAUCCAAGCCUGCAAAGGGUGUGGAGAAGACCUUUUCUCCUCUGUCCCUUCUCGGGAAAAUACUUCCCAUCUACAAGGAAGUCGUGUCUGAACUUAAGGCUGCUGGUGCUUCAUGGAUUCAGUUUGAUGAGCCCACCCUUGUGUUGGAUCUUGAUUCUCACAAACUGCAAGCAUUUACUGAAGCAUACUCGGAACUAGAAUCAUGUCUUUCUGGCGUGAAUGUUGUCGUCGAGACAUAUUUUGCUGAUGUUCCUGCUGAGACAUAUAAAGUUCUUACUUCCCUGAAGGGCGUCGCUGGAUUUGGAUUUGAUUUGGUCGAUGGAACCAAGACCCUUGAUUUAAUCAAGGGUGGGUUCCCCACAGGCAAGUAUCUCUUUGCUGGAGUUGUUGAUGGGAGGAACAUCUGGGCCAAUGAUCUUGCUGGAUCGCUCAGUACCCUGCAUGUUCUCGAGAGCAUUGUGGGGAAAGACAAACUUGUGGUCUCCACCGCCUGCUCUCUUUUGCACACUCCUGUUGACCUAGUUAAUGAGACCAAAUUGGAUAAGGAAAUCAAGUCAUGGCUUGCAUUUGCUGCUCAGAAGGUCAUUGAAGUCACUGCUUUGGCCAAGGCAUUGGCUGGGGAAAAGGAUGAGGAAUUCUUCUCUGCCAAUGCUGCUGCUCAGGCCUCAAGAAAGUCCUCCCCAAGAGUCACGAAUGAAGCUGUCCAGAAGGCUGCUGCUGCUUUGAGGGGCUCUGAUCAUCGCCGUGCCACAACCGUGAGUGCUAGACUCGAUGCUCAGCAAAAGAAGCUUAAUUUGCCAGUCCUCCCAACAACCACCAUCGGCUCCUUCCCUCAGACCAUUGAACUCAGGAGAGUGCGCUGUGAGUACAAGGCCAAAAAAAUCUCUGAGGAAGAAUAUGUUAAGGCCAUCAAGGAGGAAAUUAACAAAGUUGUCAAGCUUCAGGAGGAGCUUGACAUAGAUGUCUUGGUUCAUGGGGAGCCUGAGAGGAAUGAUAUAAUUGAAUACUUUGGGGAGCAGUUGUUGGGCUUCGCUUUCACCAUGAAUGGGUGGGUGCAAUCUUAUGGAUCUCAUUGUGUGAAACCACCCAUCAUCUAUGGUGACGUGAGCCGCCCCAAGCCAAUGACUGUCUUCUGGUCCACUAUGGCCCAGAGCAUGACUGCACGCCCGGUGAAGGGAAUGCUCACAGGCCCUGUCACCAUUCUCAACUGGUCCUUUGUUCGGAAUGACCAACCCAGGUCCGAAACUUGCUAUCAAAUUGCCUUGGCCAUCAAGGACGAAGUUGAUGAUCUUGAGAAGGCAGGGAUUAAUGUUAUCCAAAUUGAUGAGGCAGCUUUGAGAGAGGGCCUGCCACCUAGAAAGUCUAAGCAAUCUUUCUACUUGGAUUGGGUUGUCCGCUCUUUUAGAAUCAGUCACUGUGGUGUCCAGGAUACUAGCCAGAUCCACACUCACUUGUGCUACUCCCACUUCGAGGACAUCAGACGCUUAAUCAUUGACAUGGAUGCUGAUGUGGUCACAACCGAGAACAUUAGCUCUGAUGGGAAGCUCCUUCUGAUUUCCUGUGAGGGAGUCGAGUAUGCUGCCGGGAUUGGCCCCUCUCGGAGAAUUACAUCAACUGAAGAGAUUGUGGACAGAAUCACAAGGACGUUUAAUUGGCUCAAACCAAAAGGAGUGUGGGUUAUCCCUGACUGUUUACUCAAGACUCGUAAAUACACUGAGGUCAAGCCCGCGCUUGCGAACAUGGUUACUGCCGCCAAGCAUGUCCGUGCCCAACUUGCCUUCUGUGAGGAAGCGGUAAACAGAAAUGGGGUGUAGACUUCCCCCAUAAAUCUAUUUUUCCUCUACACGAGAGUGCAUUCCUUUCUUCUUAUCGAGCUUCUUUAUGGAUUGUUCGGAGUCGUACUGUUUGGGUUA